GUGCACUUCCCACCUUCACCAACAUCCAUGGAUACUACAGCCAAUCUAGCAAUACGCCGACAAUUCGAAUAUGGAUGCUACGGCUGAGCAGACGGCUGAGGAAACGGCGCAGCACUCCUCCGCGGCUACCCAAACUCCCAUCGAAGUUCACCUUGAAGAUCUCCCAUCCAACGAGAACUGCACAUUCACAGAAGAGUUCGAACUUCCCAGCCCCGCCGAAGUCCGCGCUCGCGCCGAAGAACAAGGCAUAGACACCCUCCGCUCCUUCCGCCCAGACCCAGUGAUCUAUCCCGAACUGCAUCUCCUCGUGAAAUGGGGCGAAGGCGUCUCGAUCGCGGAAGGUCAAACGUUUCGCUUCAUCUCUAGAAAUCUUCAGGCUUCCGUACCCGUCCCGCAGAUCUACGGCUGGAAGACAGACGGCAAUCAAACAUUCUUGUACAUGGAACUCGUAGCCGGCGACACCCUAUCAACCCGAUGGCCCACCUUGUCCUCUCCCGAAAAAGACCAUAUCUGCGAUGAACUCCGCACAAUGCUCCAAUCCUGGCGCCGCAUCGUCCAGUCUCCGAGCGCUCAAGGCGGACCGACACUAAGCGCUCUGAACGGUCAACCUUUGCGCGACAUCCUCUUCUCCGACGCUCUAUCCCUCCCUACCGCUCCUUUCCCUUCCGUCUCCGCCUUCCACGACCAUCUCGCCACGCUCGUCAGCAGCAAACGUUCUCGCCCUGAGAUUCCCGAACUCCACGGUCUUAACGACUCCGCAGCCGUAGUCUUCACGCACAGCGAUCUCGAUCAGUCAAACAUUCUGAUAUCCGCGGUGGACGAUGGACCAGUGCGGCUCGUAGCGGUGAUCGACUGGCAUCAGUCAGGGUGGUAUACGGAGAACUGGGAGGCGUUGAAAGCGUUGAGUGUCGGUGAGCCCGGGUCCGAGUGGGUGGAGAAGUGGCUUCCGAAGGUAGUUGGCACGCCGGACGAGGGGUAUCAUUAUGCGUUUGAGUUUAUUUCAUUGGCGGCUCUGUAG